AUGGUUUCUCAAGACCAAAGUAAGGACUCUGGCUCGAAAAAAAAUGGAGGUAAGGAGCUUGGAAUGGUAACUCCUCAAGACAAGUCCUUGAAGAAAAUGAAGUUUGUUUCAUCUGCUGAGAUAGAACCAGCCAGCACGACAACAAUUUAUGAGGAUUCAAAGUCAGGUCGAGGUAUGAGCACAAUGCCUUGUGUCCUGAAGAGAAAAUUUCAGAAAAUCAAGCCAGUUGUUGAGUACAAUAAAAUGGGAAAAGGAUGUGGCCCUGCACAUACUGAGAUGCAGUCUUACAUUGGUGUGUUGACACGCUCUAGAGUCCCACUUGUGGACAAGAAAUGGGCUAAAAUCCCCAAGGAUAUAAAGGAGCAAGAACCUGGUGUUAUCUUCUGCUGCCAAGAAAUGGAAGGAUUUCAAGUCUACACUAACGAGGCAUUAUAUCCUUCCAUACAUCAAGGAGAGGGAGAAAUUAAGCCAACCCCCUGA